AUGCCGUUCAAACGACACCCACCACAUCACAUGACACGUCACGAUACGACGUCACACGACACCACACCAUACCAGACGACACCAGACACCACAACUCACCACACCACACCAGACGACACCACACUAGACGACACCACACGACACGACGCCACACGAUACCACACGACACGAAGCCACACCACAAAACGCCACACGACACCAGACGACAUCACACCACACGACACCAGACGACAUCACACCAGACGACAUCACACCAGACAUCACACCAGACAUCACACCACACGAUGCCACACGAUAUUACACCACACGACGCCACACCACAAAACGCCACACGACAUUACGCCACACCAUACGACGCCACACGACACUACACGACACGACGCCACACCACACCACACCACACUACGUUGUUUCGUGACGUGUGGAGUGGUGUCGUGUGGCGUCGUCGGGUGUGGUGUGGUGUCUUGUCGUGACGUGUGGUGUCGUGACGUGUGGUGUCGUAUCGUGACGUGUGGUGUGGGUCGUCGGGUGUGGUGUCGUGUGGUGUCGUCGGGUGUGGUGUAUUGUGGUGUCAUGUGGUGGUUACGAGGUCGAAGAGGUUACGACACUGGUGUUGGAAGUGGGAUCUUCAGGAGAUUACACACUGGUGACAGAGGUAAGAUUCCGAUAGCUGGAAGCUCACUGCAGUACAGAAUAUCAGGACUAGAGAACUCAAUGUAA